CACGUGUUUCCAUUGCACUUCAGUGCACACAAAUUACUCGUGAAACCUUUCUAGCAAGGGCGAUAUUGCGCGUGCACGUGACUGGCUUGCCAUAGAAAACAAAGCUGUCUGCGCGGCAUCCAUUACAGCGAAGGGUGCAGACUUCGGGAAUAUAUGAAUAUAGACGCUAGAAAACACUCCUAAAUAUGGAUUUACAGCGAGUAUAGGAUCAAUUGAGACUCGGGCCUGUAAGGGCAGUGAGACUGCAGGACACUCGCGAAACUGACGAAAUAUACCGUUUUUCUCGGGGUGCUUUGUCUUGGCCAGCUAGCAAACCAUCAUUGUCAUUCGAUUGGAAGCUAUUCGACUAGUGUUUGCUAGAUGGGGGCUGGGGUACAUCGCCAUGUUGUUAUCAAAUAGUAACUGUUAAAAAAGACAUCUUGAAGUAAAGGCGGAAAUUGUGUCCACCAGGUCCUUCGUUUUGGCCACAGGGAACCGAAUCUCAACAGUCGCGGAACCCACCACUGACUGUUGUCGUCGGUGACAUGGCGGAGCAAGGCUACUCUUCUUGGGCGUACUCACUCGUCGACUCCAGCCAGGUGUCCACUUUCCUCAUCUCCAUCCUCCUCAUUGUCUAUGGCAGCUUCAGAUCGUUGAACAUGGACUGUGAGAACCAGGAGAAGGAUAAGGAUGGUAACCCUGUCCCGAAUGGGGCCUUCAACAAUGGCAACACAAACAACAGUGAGUCUCACAUAUUUGGUAUUCAAACCAUAGACUCCACGCAGGCUCUGUUCCUGCCCAUAGGUGCCUCCGUGUCUCUACUCGUCAUGUUCUUUUUCUUCGAUUCUGUCCAGGUGGUUUUCACCAUUUGCACUGCAGUUCUUGCAACAAUUGCGUUUGCAUUCCUCCUGUUGCCAAUGUGCCAGUACUUGACCAGACCCUGCUCCCCACAAAACAAUAGGAUCUCGUUUGGCUGCUGUGGGCGCUUCACUCUGGCCGAGCUCCUCGCCUUCUCCCUCUCUGUCAUGCUGGUGCUGAUCUGGGUGCUGACGGGACACUGGCUGCUCAUGGACGCUCUAGCCAUGGGGCUGUGUGUGGCCAUGAUAGCGUUUGUGCGCCUGCCCAGUCUGAAGGUGUCUUGCCUGCUGCUGUCAGGGCUGCUCAUCUAUGACGUGUUCUGGGUGUUCUUCUCGGCCUACAUCUUCAACAGCAACGUGAUGGUGAAGGUGGCCACCCAGCCAGCUGACAACCCCUUAGACGUGCUCUCCAGGAAGCUCCACCUGGGCCCUGGGAUGGGCCGUGACGUCCCACGCUUGUCCCUGCCCGGCAAGCUAGUUUUCCCCAGUUCCACAGGCAGUCACUUCUCCAUGCUGGGGAUCGGGGACAUAGUGAUGCCGGGGCUACUGCUGUGCUUUGUGCUGCGCUACGACAACUACAAGAAGCAAGCCAACGGGGAGGCGGGGGGGCCAGGCACACCCGGACGCAUGGGGCGCGUCUCCUACUUCCACUGCACUCUCAUCGGAUACUUUGUGGGCCUGCUGACUGCCACUGUGGCCUCCAGGAUCCACCGUGCGGCUCAGCCUGCCCUGCUGUACCUGGUGCCCUUCACCCUGCUGCCUCUACUCACCAUGGCCUACCUGAAGGGAGACUUGCGGCGUAUGUGGUCAGAGCCUUUCCACACGAAGGCCAGCAGCUCCCGCUUCCUGGAGGUAUGAUGCACCCUGGGAACACACAGCCAGCGUGGGCAGGACCAGGGACCCCUACCCACUGCCCUGAGAGAAAGGGAGUGAGAGGGAGAGCGCACACUGAAGAGGCCUCGUCCUCAUCACUAGUUCAUUCUUUCCACCCAUCCUCUGAGCAGCAGACCUCACAUAUGGACACCAGUGUGUGGACCUCAUUGCCAGACACAACUCCUCAUUGCUUCCUGUUUUCCUCUCUCUUCCCUAAUUUUUCUUCCCUCACCCACCUCCCUUACCAUGGCUCAUUUCAUUUUGUCAGGCCUCUCCCUCUCUCCUUUUGCUCUUGGUCUUUCUGUUUUACUACCGCCCCUCUCAUCUGUAUCUCCCCGACUGCUGGACUUCAAGGCCAGGCGUCCCCCUAUAUGGACUACUGGGUGUGGGAUGUGACUGAGGCUUUUUUUUUUUAGCAUCUUCAUUACAAUUAUUGUUAUUAUUCUGGAAUGAUUUGGAUUGAACUGCGGAGGAGGAUAGGAGAGUAGGCAUAACUGCUGCUGCCACUAGGCAGGAAAAUGACAUCAGUGCACAGGACCAGCAGCCUAUCGGGGAGAGAGAGAAGGAACAGCAACGGUUCAUCAGUCGCUCCCUCAUCCAUUUCUCUGCCCUCCAUCUACCCCUUCUGUCCCCUGAACACCUCUUUAUCCUCAACACCCUCCCCCUCUCUAACAAACUCCCACCUUCGCUGCCCCAUCACAGAUACAGGUAUUUUAUUUAGAAAAGAUUUUAUUCUUGGCAUAUACAGAAAUGAUGCAUUAUAAAUUGUGAAUGUGUCCCUACUAUUGCGGGGGGAAGCAUCUCUCUUUGUAUAUAUAUAUAUGUGUACACAAGUAUUUGGGUAUCAUGUUGUGUGACUGUGUGUGAGCGAGAGCGCAUAGUAUGCGAGACUGUGUUAUUUCAUUAUUAUGAACAAUUUAAUUAUGUUUUGGAUUUUAGAUCCAGGACAGGUAUAAAAUACCUUGACAAUGAGAACUUGUGGAGUGACAUUUAGGGGUUGAGGGUUGACGGGACAUGUAGUUUUUUGGGCAGGUCUGACUUGGACCACAGCUCGGUUCUGUAAGGCUAGGAGUGGUUUACUUGUGAACAAAUUUCCUCCAACGAGUGACAGAAUGGACAUUGGGAAAAACCAAGUUAACCCUGGAGGUGUGUGUGUUUCUGUGUGUGUGUGUGCCUGGUCGUAUAGAAUAACCUCUAAAGUUUGAUAUGGACCUUGAGGGAGGGGAUCUCUAUGCCCUUCUGAGGGAUUUAUCUUAAUAAAGGAUUGUAAUCAAUGGACCCUGAGGUUAAAACUAACCCAUAGCUAGGUUUUUACUGUCAAAGGUUGUCAAAUGUUUUUGGAUUGUCAUUCCUCCCACAGUUUUGUGGUGCUUGUCAGUUAGAUCAGGGUCCCCCCCCCCCUCAAAACCCCAUAGGUGCAUGUUAUGAUUUUUUCCCUACCACAACACAGCUGAUUUUAAAUAAUCAAAGCUUGGUGAUGAGUUCGUUAUUUGAAUCAGCUCUGUAGUGCUAGGGCAAAAACCAAAAUGUGCACCCAGAGGGGGCCCCAGGACCGACUUUGGGAAACCCUGAGUUAGAUCAUAGCUUAAACAGUACUGGAAUUAAAGUGUGUGUGUGAAAGUGUUUGUGAGAGCGAGACAGUCGGACGGAGAGAGAGACUUGAAUGGAAAAUGCAGUUUACUGGCUUCCUGUCCUGAGUUUUCUUUUUUACCUGUUUUUUAUGUUUGUUCUCUGGCCUUGCAUGUCAAGUGUACAGUGUGUGUCAUUCCUCAGACUGCAACAACAGACUGCUGGCCCAAACCAAUGCACUAAGCUUUGCCAGCAAGGCUGCAGAGAGGAAAGUUACAUGGACAAAGGCCAGUGAGUCGGCAGGACUGAACAGUUCUGACUGAACAGUUCUGACUGAACAGUUCUGACUGAACAGUUCUGACUGAACAGUUCUGACUGAACAGUUCUGACUGAACAGUUCUGACUGAACAGUUCUGACUGAACAGUUCUGACUGAACAGUUCUGACUGAACAGUUCUGACUGAACAGUUCUGACUAAACAGUUCUGACUAAACAGUUCUGACUAAACAGUUCUGACUAAACAGUUCUGACUAAACAGUUCUGACUAAACAGUUCUGACUAAACAGUUCUGACUAAACAGUUCUGACUAAACAGUUCUGACUAAACAGUUCUGACUAAACAGUUCUGACUAAACAGUUCUGACUAAACAGUUCUGACUAAACAGUUCUGACUAAACAGUUCUGACUAAACAGUUCUGACUAAACAGUUCUGACUAAACAGUUCUGACUAAACAGUUCUGACUAAACAGUUCUGACUAAACAGUUCUGACUAAACAGUUCUGACUAAACAGUUCUGACUAAACAGUUCUGACUAAACAGUUCUGACUAAACAGGCCACCUGGCUGAUAAACAUUUUUAUCAUAUUUUUUUUUACACUCGUUUAGCCUCGAUUUCACUCUAGCUGAUCAUUACCUGGACAUGGUCUGGCUGUGGGACAGACCACUGUCGGACAGCCUGAACAUAAUGGACAUGUAACCACAACCCCAUUCCUGUCCCCUCAGCCUCUUUAUGGACUUGGCAAAAAAAACUGUUGAUGAUCAUAAUGAUGAAUAAUUGAAGAAAAAAAAUACAGAUGUUUUCAUUUUUUAUGAAAGAUGGCUUUCUAUUUAUCCCCUUGUUUGUAUGUUUGAGUUUUUUUCUUAGUGCUGUAGAUUUAGGUUUUCCAUCUUAUACUUUUCUUUCCUCCCUUGCAGCAGAGGGCUUUAGCUCUUUUGUUGCGGUGACAUUACAGCUGAAAUGGAUUCUUAUCAUUUUUUUAAAAAAGUUGAAUAAAUUAAGAGCUGUUUAGUGAAACAUGAAUCCUAAUGAGCUGAAUCUAAAACAUUUUGUCUCCUUUAACCCCCUAUCUGCUCCCUGUUCCUCUCCCCCUUUCCCUCCAUUCAGUCAGGAUUCUGCUGUAAAUAAAACAUAAUUCUAACUAUA